UGCAUGUUGUAGUCUCGCAUUUUUUUCUAUCCCACUCGUCUCUGUUUAUAUUUUGGAAAACGGGACGUUUUACUCGCACUGAGAUUUCAGCGCGCAGCGACACAAACACGGGAACAUCACCGGCAUCAGUCUGUGUCACUGGACUCUCUUGAAGGUUUGAAGAGAUGUCAUCCGUGUGGCAGCAGGAGCCGGCAGGUUAUUCCCCCUGCGUGGAGAUUGACUCCAGCUCUGUGAGGACCAAGGACAGGCUGAGCUCUCCAGCCUGGCUGAAGCAGGAGCAGGAUGAUCUCCGCAUCAUCAAGUGGGAGAAUUUUCAAACAGGAACCUCAGCAGAUGCUGUUCAGGACAACACACCCAGCAGUGCCAUGUCAGCUGCCUCACAUGUAGAAGGUCUGCCACCAAGGGUGCUGCUGACUAUCACCAAGCUUCAGUGCAUGCUGGAGAGCAAACAGGAGCGCAUUGCUGCACUGGAGAGGCAGGUGGAGGACCUGAUGCAGGACCGCAAGUUCCUCAGGAGCCAGAUUGAAAACCUCACAAGCAAUCGUUCCAUGCCAACGUUUGCUUCACCUAGUACAGUGAUGGAAGCUCCUAAACCCAGCAAAGUGCAACACUCAGAAAACAAAUCUCGGAAGAGAGAAAGAGCUUCCUCCAGUUCCUCUGACAGCAGCGACAGCGGUUCUGAAGCAUCCGACUCAUCUGAUGUGUCAGCGGCUUCUAGUGAACACAGAAGGAGGAAACACCAUAAGGACAAGAAAAGAUCAAAGAAGGGGAAAGACUACAGCAGAAAGAGAGCCACAGGUGUCCAGUACGUCAUCCACCGCUACAAACAGGUCCUGUCUGCCUUCAUCAAGAAGAAGAGCAUGAGCGAAGCUUUCCGCCAUCUGGGGAUCGACCGCAACACCAUCGCAAACACAGCAUCAAUUGCCGAACUCCACCUGGCCGGCAAAGACAUGGUCCAUUUGGUGGGCAUGUUUCGCCAAGGAGAAGAGACUCUGGUCAGCUACGCCCAAAGGUGCACCUUGGUCAUUGACAGCAACGCUGACCUGUCCAGGAAAAUAGACCAGAUGAAAGCCAACGGCGAGCUUCUGCCCAUCUCAGGGAAAAGGCCGAGGGUGUUGCAUUCUCACAUGCAGCAGCUGGGGGGUGCUGCAGAAAGCAUUUUAAUAGGUUGAUUAUUAUUUAAUUGCAUUGAUGGGGUGAAACAUAACAAGCCUUCACAAACUAAACUUCUUUUGUUUGUUUUUCCCUCAAUCUGAACUGCUGGAUUUAAAUGUUUAAUGUAGCAUUUUUGCAUUUCUUAAAGUUGCUUUAUGUCUCAAGGGGACCAGAAAUGUUAAUUAUUUCAGUAUAUCAAUAUGCAUUUUAGUAUUCACAAUUACACAUUUAGACUGUAUAUUUUGUACUUGACAGCCAUCCAGAUUUAUUUGCAGCUACUUUCAAUACUGGGAAUAAUUGAUUUAUUUUUAUUUUAUUUGUUAUUUAAGAGCAGGUGUAUGUGUAGUGUGAGAAACACCCACAAGAUGGCAGUGCUGACAUAUAAGAUCAUGUUUACAGCUCACUCCUGCUCUCAUUUAAUCCAAAAUGGUGGAUAGUCAAUUUCUAUUUUCCAGCACCAGUUGUGUUACUUUAUGUUCAUAUAGAAUAAUUGUGAUCCAUAUGCUGUAACUGAACAGAGAUAUUUAAAAACUGCA